AUGAAGUUGUCCCUGGGCCUCCUGGGCCUCCUGGCCUGGCUGCUGCUGGGCCCAGGGCUCCUUGCGAGGGCCGGGAAGCUGCGGUCGACGCGACGGAAUGUCGGUGUCGUCGUGGUGGGAGAUUCGUCCUUCCAGCGUCGCUAUCAGGCGCAGAUCAAGAGCAUGAGGUGCUAUGCUGAAAGGCACGGCUAUGACAUGCACCUCCUCACGGCUUCCGAGUAUGACGAGUGCAAGCACUUCAAAGACUUCUUCUUCAGAACCGCGGGAAAGCAUUGCACUGUGUCGAAGUGGCUGGAAACCCAGCCGGCGCACUACAUUGCAGCAGUCUUCGAUGGCGAUGUCGACAAGUGGAUCGACCAUGGGGCGGACGUGCAGCUGUACAACCGCUGCUUGUUUCACGAGAUCAUGGCCGGCAACUACAUGGUUCGAAACACACCCUUCUCCCGGGACUUCCUCAUGCGCUGGGCCAAGUACUACGACCGCCGGCCCAAGGGCUUUUCCUCCGCCGACAACGGUGCGAUACAGCUUGUCGUGAUGGAGACCCUCCGUGUGGAGGGCUUCGAGACGUGCUUCAACAUGUACGAGAACCUGACAAGCUCAGUGUCGAACCUGCAGCCAUAUUGGGAUUACGUGCACUGCACCAAGGAGGCCAUCGGCCCUGCGCGGAAGUGGCAGUUGCCCGCGGGUUCGCUCACCCUUUGGCCGCGCUUGGAGUUCUACGUGGCUGACGGGGUCUUCCUGAACAGGUGGGCCAGCGAAGAAGUUGGCCCUGUCUUCCACCACGGCAUCAAGAACCCCGAUGAGGUCACCUCCUUCUACUAUCAGGACCUGGAGAAAUGCGAGGUGAACGCCUCCUCGGUGCUUAGGAGCGCUGCGCAGCUCGGGGAGACCGCCCUCCACCUGGCGCAGAGCUACCCGGAAUACUUCCCGGCAGGCAGCGCCUGCAAGCAAUGCGCAGAGCGGUGCAUGAAGAGCUUCAGCUGCCAACCGCUGGAGGACGCGGAAGAGCCGCGCCCCAAGCAGGUAGGUGCAGCUGCCUUCAACACUGCCGGUUUCUUCUUGGUGGACUCGGCAGAGAGCCGAAAGCACUCCUGGGGCUGGUCGCGCUGGGCCGCAUGA